AUGGCUCCCGACCUCGUACGCGACUCGACAUUCGGACAGCUCGUCAACUGGGCAUCAAACGGUCGCCUCCUCCCCUACGCAGACCAGCGGCCAGGCUACGUCGUACCUCAACGCUACCUCCAGCCCUCUGCCUCCACCUCGCCGACACCUGCUUCUCCGAUCCCUCGCAGCACGACAGACGACUCGACCUACUCGUCUGCGACGCCGAGUGGAGCAGUCACACUCGUCAAUGAGCCCGGUGUCUGCCCCGCGCACAAGGACGACGACGAGGGAAAGGCCGACCUCGACCUCGAGAAGCAGGCGGCGCCCGUCGAGCCGACCAAGGAGCCUGAACCCGCCGCGCCGUACCCUUUCCUCGUCGACUGGGAGGAGAACGACCCUGACCGGCCCUUAAACUGGUCGUUGCGCAAGCGCGUCUUUGUCGCCUUCAUCAUCUCGCUCUACACGUUCGGCAUCUACAUCGGCUCGGCUAUCUACACGUCGUCGAUUCCCGGCUUGAUGCAAGAGUUUGGCAUCAACCAGGUCGGCGCGACGUCCGGCUUGACGCUCUUUGUCGCGGCGUACGGCUUCGGUCCCAUGUUCCUCUCGCCGCUGCAGGAACUCCCCCGAUUCGGCCGCAACCCAGUCUACAUCGUCGGCCUCGCCCUCUUCGUCAUCUUCCAGAUCCCCGAAGUCCUCGCCAAGAACAUCGCGACCGUCCUCGUCUUCCGCUUCCUCUCGGGCUUCGUCGGGUCGCCCGCGCUCGCAACGGGCGGUGCGAGUAUGGCGGACAUCUUCCCCAUGAAGGACUUGGCGGUCGCUAUCGGCGCUUGGGCCAACGGCGCCGUCUGCGGCCCAAUCUUCGGUCCCGUCGUCGGUGGCUUCGCCGCGCAGAAUAUGAACUGGCGCUGGCCGUUCCUCGAGCUCCUCUGGGUCUCUGCCUUUGCCUUCCUCGUCAUGUUCUUCCUCUUCCCCGAAACCCUCGAAUCGACCAUCCUCGUCCGCCGCGCCGAGCGACUGCGCAAGUUGACCGGCAACAUGCUUCUCAAGGCCCCCGCCGAGUUGCUCGAGUCGGAGAAGGAACACCUGGGACUCGUCCUCAAGAAGCGCAUCACGAUCGCGUUCCGACUCGCGGCUGAACCCGCUCUCGCCGUCGCGCACUCGUACAUCGCGCUCGUUUACGCCGUCUUCUACCUCUGGUUCGAGGCGUUCCCCCUCACCUUCAACGAGAUCCACCACUUCUCCCUGGGCGUCGGAGGGCUUCCGUACCUCGCUUUCGUUGUCGCCGCUGGCAUCACCUACGCCUUCUACGUCGUCUACCAGCGCAAACACAUGGGUCCUCGCAUGCAGAAGAACCCGAACCUCGCUCCCGAAUCCCGCCUCGAACUCGGCUUGUUCGCCGCGCCCUUCAUCCCGAUCUCGUUGUUCAUCUUUGGCUGGACCGCGAGGGAGAGCGUGCAUUGGAUCUGGCCGAUUAUCGGUGCGGCGCUCUACUUGCCCGGCAUCUACCUCGCCUUCCAGAGCAUCAUGAUGUAUGUCUCGAUGUCAUACCCGAGUUACGCAGCCAGUAUCCUCGCUGGUAACACUCUAUUCCGAUCGGUCUUUGCGUCCAUCUUCCCGCUCUUCGGGGAGAAGUACUUCAAGGCCCUCGGAAUCGGAGCCGGAUCCUCGCUUCUGGCGGGCGUGUCGAUCCUGAUGAUUCCCUUGCUCUACGCCAUCAUGAAAUACGGCGACCGCCUCCGCGCGCGCUCAAGCUUCGCGCAAGGCUAG